AGGGGUGAUGUUGAUUUGCCUCUGAGAUCUGGAAUCUUGCCACUUGGAACUCAUCACGUUGCCCACGACGUUCAUCUUCAGUAUUGUUCCGCUUGCGAUUGCUCAUUCGGACGAGUUGCUUGUGACCCCUCACGGAGACGUGAACUUGAAGGUGUUGUCGACGGUGAGCGAGCUUCCUCGCCCGUUUACUGAGACGUGCCCUGGAUCUGAACCCGCAAUGUCGGCGAUGGAUAGCUACUUGAGAAAGUAUCUGUCAGGCGAGCAGAUUAAGAUUUAUGUUCGGGGUAAACCCGCGCAGAAGAUUGUUGAUUUGCCAGCCUGGGUGUCAGACUUGUUGUCAGUGGUGUCGAUCCCAGUGCCGGUUCCGGGCCGCAAGACAGGUGGUGGUGAGAACGGCACGGACAGUAUUCUGAAAUCGUUUGGGUUGUCGCGAGUGAAGAUUUCGGUUCCGCAGCGGGGCAUGCCAGGAAGUGGCAAUGAUGCGUUGCCGCGGAUCAGCGCGCUUGUGAAUGCGGUGAUUGAUUUGCCAAAGGAGCUUGAUUUCUCGAUUGCAAUCACGCAGCUGCGGGGAAUUUCAGAUAUGGCGUACGAAGGCGACAAGUUUGGCGUUCUUGAGAUUGAGGACUGGACACCGGCGACGUCGUUUUAUACCUCAGAGGGAUACAUCCAGGUUGUUGCGGAGAUUACGGAUGUGCCGAUUGAUAUUACAGAUCAGACGGUGUUUAAGGUGAUUUUGCAAAAGAUGUUUUUCCAGGGCGAGGUGAAUGUUGAGGUUGAUGGUACUAUUGACGUUGGGCUCGAUACGCCUGUCGGAGGGUUCACGAUCAGCAAGAUUCCUGCAAAGGGAAGUGUCGGGUUGCGGAGAUAUGGAGCUAUUGUUAGUGAGGUGGACGAUGGCGCUAUGAUGCUGAGUGAGGGUGAGGAUUGCGCGGGCCUCGUUGAGAUCGAGAACGGGAAGCAGGAGUGGUUUGAGUACGAUGUGGCGGAAGUGGUCGAGGAAGCACGGAGUUGAUUGAGCAUGCGGCCCGACUGGAGUAGUUUUGUUUUGUUUUUGAUUGCUUUGAUUGUUUUUUGUUUUUAUUUAUCAGGUGGAGCAGGGAUGGUAACAAUUUUAUGACUGGCGUUUCGUGUUGGUUUUUACAGAUAUAUCUUAUACAUGUUUCAAUACAUACAACAUACAUAUAGUAACUGUAUACAGUACAAUACAAGUAGUGAGUAGGUAGGAACAGGGCAGAGGGGAUGACGUCACAGCCGAAAUC